AUGCUGCGCACCCUGCUGACACCGCUGGUCGCGCGCUUCGACCUCUCGCCGCGCCUCGAGCCGACGACGCCCAAGACGCCCGCGCCCUUCGGCCAGGAGGACAACCUCGCGCCGGAGGACUUUGCAAGGGACGUGCUCGUUGAGCUCAUGAGGAAUGGCGUGGAGAGGCUCAAAGUAGCCGAGGACACGCAGUCGCGGAUCGAGACGCUCUCGGAGAUUCACCGCGUAAUGGGCGAGAACCGCUGCACGAAGGACGUGUUCCGCGAGAUGGACGGCUUCCUCGUCGUCAUGAGCGUGCUCUCGACCGUCCUCGCCGUUCAGGACGGUCCGGUCAAGGAGCCGGAAGAGCAGGUCGUGCAGAACGUCAAGGAGGCCAGCCGGUAUAUAUUUACGAUAUUGUCGGAGGCGAUGUACGAGCAUAACGAGAAUGCGACGUAUUUCGAGCGCUCGGUGGGAUACGACUCGUUCCGGCAGGCGGUAGAGCCGCUCAUUCUGGACAAAAGGACGACGGACUGGACGCUCGGCUUGCUGCUGUCUCUCGCGCUGCACAACUUCCUCCUCACCACGCUCUUUAGCACCCUACGCAAGACAGACUACGCAGAGCUCACCACCAAAAUCACCGACUACCAGUCCGAGUUCCGGCUGGUCCGCUACCCGCCUGCGCUCCGGAUGCUCUGGGACUUCCUGCCGGACGACGCGACGCUGCGCCUUUGCAUGUACAAGAUCCUCGAGCGGCUGUCGGCGACGAGCCACCGGAACAAGGCAAUACUGAGCAGCAUGGGCGUCUUGGAGUCCCUGGUCUACGUCUCCGCUGGGCGAGAUGCGGUGCCCGACGAGGAGCGCGCGGUGAAACAGAAGCUCCUGAAGCGCCUGCUCGACAUGGGCGCGACGCCGGACGUCGGCCGGAUGGUGUUCCAAAAGGCUAUCAGGGACGACGGGAGUUUGGAUUUUGAUACCCUCGAGGUGCUCCGCGCGGGCAUGAAGAGCAAGUGGCCGGACCAUUUUUCGAUGGAGUCGAGGGCCGCGCUGUGCUUUGAGGAGCCGAAGGUCAGGGGGCUCCCCGUGACGGGGUUUACUUUCAUGGGGUGGUUGUGGUUCGAGAGGUUCGCGCAGACGGAGGCGCAGCCGGUGUUGACUUUCCGGAUUGGUGAGAAUGUGCUGGUGAGGUUAAGUGUGCGCGCGGACGGGAAGCUGCAACUGCGGAGUACGGGAAACGGGGAGAUGUUCGUGAGCGCGAAGCCGCGCGUGCACAAGUCUAGGUGGAUACAUAUCACGCUGGUGCACUACCCGCAUCGUGUGUCCAACCCCACUAUCCGUAUAUAUAUCGACGGCGUGCUCACGGAGACCCUCAACUGGCAGUACCCAAAGUCGCUUUACACUGCUGGCGUCGGCACGUAUCUACUAGGCGACGACGUGGAGUCAACACGAGCGCGCUGGUGCAUCACCUCCACAUUCCUCCUCUCGUCCCCCCUAGGCGACGAUCUCCCGCGCCUCGUGCACCACCUCGGCCCGCGGUACGACGCGUACUUCCAGUCCCGCGAGAUCGUUAAGUUCCUGACGUACGAGGCGGCGACAUCGCUGAACAUAUAUAUAUCCGGCCUGUCGAAAGAUACCGCUACGCCCGAGUCGUCUGCGCUGCUAAAAGCCAUCAAGGGUAGCGCCGCGAUCGGUGAGCAGGCGAUGGUGUUUGCGCUGCAUAGGUCGAAUGUGUGUCUGGAGGAUGCAGAGGAUGUGCUGGAUGAGGAGGGUUCGCUUGAGAUGGCUCGUGCUGGGAACUUGCGCAGAGGGUUCCGUGGGCGGGGCGAUGUGCGGGCUAUUGAGGCGCACACGCUCGAUGUGGCCAUGUGGCGGAUAGGCGGGCCGUCGCUCGCCCUCAAAUUGAUUCAGCUGGCUAGUAAUCCGCACGAGGUUUCUCGGGCUCUUGGUGUGCUCACGGAGGGACUGCGGAAUAGUUGGCAAAAUUCGGAAGACAUGGAGAGGCUUCGCGGGUAUGAUGUGCUGGGAGAUAUCUUGCGCGCGAAGAGCGAGCUCAUCAAUGUGACCGGUUUCGAAAUCCUGUUCGAGUUCCUGGGCAUGAACUUCCGCAACCUUGACCACUCGACAAUAGUCAACACGCUGGCAUACCGUGCCAUCGCUCUUGACUUUGAGCUGUGGUCGCGGACCAAACCGGAGAUACAGCGAUCAUACAUGGAGCAUUUCGUGACACUGCUGAGCACCAGCAAACACAAGCGUUUCAACGCGAAGCAGCGUUUUGCAAAGCUCAACGUCGUCCGCAAACUGCUGUUUGUGCUUCAGACGAACUGGUACCGCGACGAUAUGACCCCCUCGAUCAUCGGCGCACUCAAGGUCGCGGCCGAAGCGAACUUCACCCUCGACGACGCCAUCAAGCCGAUCAUAUCGUUCCUCGCCGCCAAUCUGCAUGAAGUCACACUCGCUUCUCCCAAGUCUGUGAGCUCUGUGAUCGAUAGCAGCCACGUACGCGAGAGGGCGGAGCGGGUGUUGGAGAUACUGGUCGACAUCCUAUCUGACCGGGCUGCGUAUAACAAGUUCACGGGCGCGCUCCCCGCGACGAGGAUCUACCUCUUGCUCCUGGGCGAUAGACCGUCCCCGGCGGUGGCGAAGCAGAUCUUACUGCUCAUCGGAAUCAGCAUUAACAUCUCGACCUCGUUCAUCCGGAAGUUUGAGUUGGUCAGCGGCUGGAAUAUGGUGAAGACUGUUCUUCCGUAUGGGUGGGACUACACGGUGCACCCGGCUGCGUUCGGCGUCCUCCUUGGUACGAUUGGUAACAGCGCUCCUCCAUCUACUCCCGUCGUUGCGUGCCCGCAGAUUAUGCCUGCUAUAUUGGCUUCGAUGCAGCGCGGUUUGACUAGGGUUUCUGCUGCUUCUGGGGGUCCUCGGCGACCCUCCAACGGGACUGACUCGGGCACGCCCUGGGAACCAAUCGUGGAAGCUCUCGUGGAAGAGCUGAUCAAUCUUCAGGCGACCAGUCCGUCGUUCCGGCAGAUAUUCAAAUCCCAACAGACGACACAACAGUUCAUCGAGGCCUUCAGUUCGUUUGUGAAGGCGCUUUCGUCUUCGACUGAGAUACCGCACGGGACUGUUCGACUGCUUGAGAAGCUGUCUCAUUUCGGGCUAAGCUUGGCUCUCGAUAAUUCCGUGGGUAGCUCACAAAAACGGGAGCUCCUAGAUUUGUUACAAUCGUCUCAGAACCUGUUCGACUCGGGUGCUGCCCAGCCCGCCGGCAUAGACCCCAAUGUCAUAGUGGGCAAGCGCAGACCUUUUGGAACGCGUAUGCUUUCCGCUAGACUGAGUCUCCAAGUUGGAGAACGGGUGCUUCUCAGGUCUUUGACACGUAUUUCCGACUGGCGUAAAACCGUCAUCGAUUCCGAGAGGAAACGAUUGCGCAAGACUGUUCUGGACUUGCGAGAGCAUCACAGAGCGGUUUCUCGGUUACAUCAGUGGAUGUUUCUACUCGACUGUGAGCGGAGCCUGUGGGCGAAGGCUGAUUCACCUAGAUUCUGGAGGCUCGACGAAACGGAAGGGCCCUACCGUGUCAGGAAGAAGUUGGAACCUGAGGAAGAGAACACGUCAAUACCACGGCUAGGCGGCUCUGCGGAGAGUCGCUUGCUUGACACUCCUGAUACGGAGACACAGGUGCAGCACGUUGAAGUCCCUCCUUGGGCCGAGACGUACGAAAUUUCUGCCACUGAUGUGGAUGGCGACCUCGCUGAAGAGAUUGUAGAAGACAAACAUCGACGCGUUCGUCAUGAACUCGAACCUGGGGAUGUCAUAGAGGGAGUAUGCACGGUUGCUCGAAUAGCUGGUGUCGAUUCUUCUCCGGGCCUCCUUAUAUUGGGAAGGACACAUCUGUAUAUGCUGGAUGGUCUCGUAGAGAAAGACGAUGGCGAAGUCAUCGACGCCAAGGAUGCGCCGAAGAAACUUUUCCUGAUUCCUGGGAGUAUCCUAGAGCUUAAUGGACCUCAACGAGCUCAACGUUGGCCAUAUCCUCAAAUUAAUGGGUUCAGCGACCGCACUUUUCUGUUCAGAGGUGUUGGACUUGAAUUUUACUUCCGAGACAAUCGGUCGCUGCUCGUCGUCUUCCCGAGUAAGCAACAAAGAAUGGACAUGACACAACGGCUGUCUUCCUCGAUAACGAGCCGAGCCGGUGAUGCUUUGACUCCUGGUCUGCUGAAAACGCCUCUUCUCGGGAAGAUGAGUGCAAGGGUGCUGGGAGGUCUCCGUGCGGACGAGUUGGCCUCGGCGCAGUCAAGAUGGCAGGCUCGGGAAAUCAGUAACUUCACGUAUCUCAGCAUCAUCAACCAGGUGUCUGGGCGCACACCAGCGGAUGCGACUCAAUAUCCCAUCUUUCCCUGGGUACUGCAAGACUACAGCUCUGAAUCAUUGGACCUUACCUCCCCAUCCGUUUACCGAGAUCUCAGUAAACCCAUGGGAGCUCUGACAGGGGCACGGAGAGAGGCUGCCAUUCAGCGGUAUACUAAUCUCGAAAGUGUCGGAGAGCAGCCCUUCCACUAUGGCACACACUUCAGCUCCUCCAUGAUCGUCUGCCAUUUUCUCAUCCGUUUGUCGCCCUUCACGCAUAUGUUCAAGACCUUGCAAGGAGGUGAUUGGGAUCUGCCAGAUCGCCUCUUCAUCGACUUAGGAAGAGCCUACGAUUCGGCUGCCAAGGACCUCCGAGGCGAUGUUCGCGAACUCAUUCCCGAGUUCUAUACCUGUCCAGAAUUCCUUGAGAACUCCGCCAACAUCGAUUUUGGCGUUCAGCAACAGACUGGCGAGCGAAUACAUGAUGUGAAACUGCCACCAUGGGCAAAGCAGGACCCAUUGUUGUUCAUCGAGAUGAACCGCCGUGCGCUGGAAAGUGACUACGUCAGUGAGAACCUCCCGGCCUGGAUAGACCUAAUAUGGGGCUGUAAACAACGAGACCCGGAGUCACUGAACGUCUUCCAUCCAUUGAGCUAUGAAGGAUCCAUCGACCUGGACUCAAUCACGGACGAUCUGGAAAGAGAGGCGACCGUCGGCAUCAUACACAACUUCGGUCAGACGCCCCGAAAACUGUUCACUCAGCCGCACCCGAGACGGUACAUGCACGGCUUGUCGACCCUCCCGCUCGGGACGCUGCACGGUGUAGCAGAGGACUACAACAUGCUACAUCAGAGUCAUCGGCCGAUACGAGACCUUGGGUCGAGCACGCCAGUACAGGAGCUGGUGAUAGACCUUAUUGGGGAAAAGAUCGUGCCGUGUGCGCCCGGAACACUAUGCGUCCCCUCCCGCUCGUACGAGCAGGUCGAGUGGGGACCCACGCGGCUCGGCUCGAACGAGAGCGGGGAGAUUAGAGUCGUGGUAGAUCGUAAGGUUGUACAAGUAGCUGAGAGUGUGUACUGCACCUGCGCGGCCUUCGCGGAUUCGGACACCCUCGUGACGGGAUCGUCAGACCAUCUCGUGCGGCUGUGGCAGGUACCGAGGUCUCCUGUAACAGCGCUGGUGCUAUUGCAUACGAUGCGAGCCCAUACGGCGCCCGUGACGUGCGUCGCGGCGAGCAAGGCGUGGUCGAUCGCCGUGAGCGGGAGUCGGGAUGGGAGCGCGGUGGUGUGGGAUCUGAAUCGUGGAUCGUACGUGCGGAGUAUGUGGCAUGACGGUCCGGUGGAGGUCGUUGCGAUUAACGAGAGCAUGGGGCAUAUUGCGACGUGCUCCGCGACGAUGCUCGCACUGCACACUAUCAACGGGCGCCCGAUCGCCACGCUCUCGCUCGGUCCUGCACCUGAGUCCUUGCAUGCGAUGAAGGUGACGUCGCUGGCGUUCCUCGAGAGGGAUUAUACGCCUAGGCCUGUGCUUGCCGCGGGGAGUGCAGAUGGGCGCAUCGUCCUGCUCACAUGGGGUGCUGAGGGUGCUUCGGACCAGGCGAAUGGCAGGGCAAAGUGGGUGUUUAGGGUGUUGAGAGAGCUGAAGGUCAGUACAGACGGGCGGAUAGCGAGGGGGAGGGUGAAGGUCACUGCUUUGAAGUUUGUUGGGGAGAUACUGUACCAUGGGGAGGAUACGGGGCGGGUUUACUCAUGGGAUUUGCCUGAUUAAGGGCGGGUGAAAGUGGCCUUUGUGGCUCUGGAUUCGAGGGUCACUCCGUGGAAGGAUGGAAGGGUUUCUAGCGUAUAUGGACGAGAUCGCAGGGAUUUUCUGUCGACAUUACUGUUCUUUUGGGGUGGUCCGUGCUGUUUAUUCAUCUUUGAAUUCCGGU